CCGCCGGUCAAGCCAUGGUGAUGAACACGUUCCGGUCCAAGUUGCGGCGCCGCCGCGACGAGCUCUUCCGCCGGGGCUCCGACGACUCGGACGAGUGGCAGUUCGUGCCCUUCAACCCCUCCGUGUACCCCGCCAACAAUAACAACUCGCUCUCCAACCUCACCAACAACAACGGCGCCUCCUCCCCCGGGGACGCAGGGCUUCCGCCCACGCCCAAGCCAGCCCUACGGCCAUGGGCCAUGCAACGGGCGUCGUGGCACGAGUGCCAGCCGCCCGUGCCCCCCCACGGCCAUGGCUCGGUGGUCAAGGGGCACUUCCCGUUGCCGCCGUGCCCUGACGGCAACCCCCCGCCCCUGCCCCCCCAUGGCUUCGGGUAUCCCGGUUCAGUGCCCAACUGGUACGGCUCUCAGUUCCCCGCGCCGCCAGUUCACUACCCGGCCUCGGUGCCUCCAGGCCAGUCGCGCCCUUCGCCGGUCGUCCUGCGCCGGGCUGCCCAGGCGGAUGAGAGGCGUCCUGAGGCUGGCCCGCGGCCCCCUAAUGAUGGCCCUCGGCCGCCAAGUGAUUUACCACGGCCGCCAAGUGGUGGCCCUCCGUUGCCCAGUGAUGGCCCAAGGCCGCCAAGUGGUGGCCCACGGCCGCCAAGUGGUGGCCCACGGCCGCCAAGUGGUGGCCCUCCGCUGCCUAGUGAAGGACCAAGACCUCCUAGUGGUGGCUCUCUGCUGCCGAGUGAUGGACCAAGGCCUCUCGGGAGUGGCCCACCACUUAUCAGUGAAGGACCUAGGCCUCCUAGUGGUGUCCCAGCGUUUGCGAGUGAUGGCCCCAAGCCUCUUAGUGGUCCUCCGCUUCCCAGCGGUGGCCCUCGACCUCCCAGCGCGGGCUCUCGGGGAGGGUCGGGUCCUUCGAGCGGAUGCUCCAAGGGAGGGUCCCGUCCCUCGAGCGGAAGUUUUGACGUGAUAGACGGCGUUUUGAUUAGUCCGGAGGGGCCUCCCCCCCAGGUGCCACCCCACGGCCGCCCGGCCGUUCCGCCUCAUCUGGUGAGUCCUCGUAACAACAUGCCACCUGCGAGCUUCUCCACGACAGGUGUCUUACCCCCGCCGCCAACAGUGCCCAUACCUCCACCACCCGUGCCUGCCCAUGCCUCAGAUAUCCCCGACCCGCCCGGCCAGGAGUGUGGCCCGUUCCCUCGAUACUCUCCCAACCCGGUCCCUGCGUCAGCGUCGCGGCACUCCCUCUUCCUGAGUGCAGACGAAGGCCCUCACUGGCCCCACGCCCCGGGCCCCGCCACGGUCCCGUUCCCCGGAGGAAUGCCCCGCAACCGUGGGGCUCAGCCUCCGCAUAACCUGAACUUGGACGACCUGGCGGCGCUGCUGGCACCCGGCUAUCAGGCGAGCUCCGACCAAGAAGCCUCGCCGGACUCGCCCGAAUACAAACAGCCCGUCGAUCAAUCGCCCGAGUACAAGUCCCCGUGUGAUUCUAGCGAUGAAGACUCUCCAGGUACGGUUGAAAGCAGGAGCUGGAAUUCCAGUCGUGCGAGGAACAGAGAUAAGGGCGGCAGCGGCGUGGGCGGGCCGGCCUGGGGCAGCGGCAAGGAGCAGCGCCGCUCAGACCCGGGCACGGUGAGCAACCACCACGCCAACAGCACCAGCGUCGUCCCGACAGCGAACGCCAACAGCCACGCGGCCUCCUCCACCACCUCCUCCAGCACGGGCUUGGAGGUCGCCAACAAUGGCUCCGAGAACCUCGACGAGUACGGCUCGCCAGACUCCUCCAGCACCAACGUCUGCUCCACCGACAGCGCCAGCGCUGCCGUGUCCAAUACCUUGAGGUUUCUCCAGUCCGCGUGGUCUUCCCAGUCUGAAUUACUACCCCUGGCUGCUCUCAACAAACAUAAUCUCCCGAAGAAGAAAUCAAGCACGUCAAUCAACAGAUCGGAGAGCUGCAAGGAGAAGCAGCAUGCGAGGAAGCGGCCGAGAGAAAGCCGUAAGCACAGUGACCCAAACAUUCCCACCUCCAAGUCUGGGUGAGUAGAGUCACCUCCUUUUGGCUAGAUACUUGUAUAUCUGUUCUGUGUGAUUCAUAUACAUUUAUAUAUAGGUACACACACCUG